AUGGUGGCGGCCUUGACUUGUUUCACACUCGUGCUGAACUCCAGUUUAAUAAUGAAGAGACAGACGAGCCAGCAGCAGCUUUCGCUCUUCCUCCAGGGUAACCGAGGUAAUGUCGACUGUGGGAGCGGUCUGAAAGAGGACCGGGAGAGCAUCUGGAGGGAUCAAAAGCAGGCCGGUGUUUCAUCUCCUGCAAGUUCUUCAGCAGCUGCUCUGAUUUCCCAGACCGCAGAGGGAAACAAACAGGGCAGAGGCCUGAUAACACAUUCCUUCAUGUCCCAGCCUGUCCCAGCACCCCCCUCCUUCCUUGUCCCUUACUGUCCUCCCCCUGCUCCUCUUUUCUUAUGCGGCUUUUGUAGUCGACACGAUGUGGCGUUGGGGAUCCGAGGUCUGUGCCUGCAGUUGUCUGUGACGGCGUGGAGAUGA